UCGAAUAACUCCAUCAAUAUAAUGGCGGCCGAAAUAAUCAACACAAAUUUGGUCGCCAAUGCCGAACUCGUCGCUGUAAUAUUCGGAGUCACCGGUUUGGUCGGAAAAGAGUUGGCCAAAACGCUUCUCUCAACCGCCGGCUGGAAAGUCUACGGUGUCGCACGGCGGCCGGACAAUAUCAGCCCCAUCUCCCAUCCCAACUUCCACUUCAUCUCUUGCGAUUUGCUCGACCGCCGGUCGGCUCAUUCGAACCUCUCCCCGGUCCGCCACGUUACCCACCUCUUCUGGAUCACUUGGGCCGCCCAGCUCCGGUUCGAUUCCCAGGGUUGCUCCGACCAAAACCGGGCCAUGUUGGCCAACGCCCUCGAUGCAAUUCUCCCUUCGGCGCCGGCCCUCCGCCACGUCUCGCUGCAGACCGGGAUCAAGCACUAUGCUUCGCUAACAAGACUCGCUGCCGGCUGUGGCGGAGGAGGGGAGGUGGCUUAUUGUGAGGAUAGUCCAAGAGCGGAAUCUGGGAAUAAUUUUUACUAUGUUUUGGAGGAUCUCCUCCGUGAGCGGUUGUCCGGUGGCCGGAGAGUGGUGGGGUGGAGCGUUCUCCGGCCGGGUUUGAUACUGGGAAGUUCGAACCGGACUUUCUUUAAUUUUAUGGGGAGUUUGUGUGUUUAUGGUGCUAUUUGUAAGAAGUUGAAGAUGCCGUUUGUGUUCGGCGGCACGGCGGCGUGCUGGGAGGAGGUCUAUAUUGACGGCUCUGAUGCUCGGCUCACAGCUGAGCAGCAUGUGUGGGCCGCAACUAAAGGUAUUAAAAUAAAUGCGACCGCAGACGGGGAAGCAUUCAACGUGUGCAACGGGUGGAGCUUCAGGUGGAAGGAGAUAUGGGGGGCGGUGGCGGAGAAACUUGGAGUAGCGGCGGCGGAGAAGGAGGACGAGAGAAUAAUGUUUUCGGCGGAGUUUCAUUAUACGGCGGCGAUGGGGGAUAAAGGGAAGUUGUGGGCGGAGAUAGUGGAGGAAGAAGGGCUGGUUCCGACGGAAAUGGAGGAGCUGGCCAAUUGGGGAUUCUUAGACACCUUGUUUAGGCUGCCGGAAAAAAUGGUGGCGAGUCGAGCUAAGUCCGACCGAUUUGGGUUCACCGUAAAAUAUAAGAUGUUGGAUUCCAUCUUGUAUUGGAUUGAUGUCAUGAGAAAUGACAAAUUGAUUCCUUCUUAAUAUUAUUAUUUGCUUUCUUUUUUCUCUUUUUUUUCCCCUCCAAAAUUAUACAUAUAAAAAAUCACCUCAA